AUGCACCGUUCGGAAGCGAAUGCUGUCACGGGCAACUGGGUCCGGAUGACGAGAGAGGUGCAGCACGACAAUCCGGGCUGCUGCCCAGCCGUACCUGAGGGGCACAGAAGACUGCGGAGGUCGAUCAGCUCCCCCAUCGGUGUGCAAGAUGGGCGGAAUCGCGUUGGGCGUUAUCAGCAGACAUGGAGAGUGUUGGGACAGCAGCCGGCACCGUCAGCCGAGGAGCGCAAGACAGGAGCCUGGGAGCGGUGCAGGCUCGCGGGUGGUGAGAGAAAGGGCCGGAAGCGUCUUCGGCACGCCAAACCAUCCGGACGGCUGGCCUCCGCUGUCGGGCUGGUGGGUGUCGCUGGUCGCUGGUGGUUGGUCAGGCCUGAGCAAUGGAAUCAUCAUGCGGCGCGCGACCAGACUGGCUCCAGCUCAUAUCUGCCCUGCACUCACCACCAGCCCUCGACAUCAUCAACUCCUCUCGCCAGCCUGCUAUUCCUCCCAAGCUCCCCCAAUUCACAACUACCUCCCACCGUGUCGCUGCUCAGCCGGACUCGACUUACAGUCGCGCGGGCGGCGUCGACGCUCUCCCUCUCGCCACUCGGCCGCCGCACUAGCCACCGCGAAUUCGAUCUGAUAAAAACCCCGUUCUUUGUCGCCAGCACCUCCUCCCGCGCACUCUCCAAAAUCCCGCCCUCACAGCCCACCAUGGCCGCCGCCGACCCCCAGCACCACCAUCGCCGCAUCCCGUCCUCGUCGACCUCUCAUCCCCACGAUCCGAUACCAUGUGAACCCAAAGAAAUCCCGCAAUUGGCCCUGUCGCCGUCCCAGCCCGACCAAAUCUCUCCGCGAUCCUCCGGCGAGUCUGUCGAAUGGUCCAGUGACUCCGAGGCCCCAUCGACCCCCAACACCGAGCCGCAGAUGGACGAGCUGGUCGACCGCCUCGAAGACCUGCCUAUCGCUGCUGUCAAUCUCGACAACCAGCCGCGCCAACGACGUGCCUCCACCACCCUCAUCUCAGAGAGCCCCGCCGGCAUCAGAAGGCUGCUCGGCGAUGGCGAGACAGCGACGAAGCUGAUCAGCCAGUGUUGUGGCGGUGGAUGCUGCUUGUUGAAUACACUUGUUCCGGAUACGUCGUCUCCCGGCUACGACCCUGUCGUCAUUCCCGACAACAAGGCCUUCCGGAGCUUGAACCUGCGAAUUGGUCCCCUCGGUCUGAAUACCGAGCUUCAGAAUGUCACUCCGCUACCACCCGUCACGCUCUCCUUUGAGCCGGUGCCGGCUGCGCAAGAGAAGCACGUUUCAGUCGUCCACAAGCAGCCCCCGAACUACGUCCAGCCACAUCCUCCCUACAAUGUCUACUCUGCUCCCAUCCACCACGCACGCGAGCUGACGAAGCCUGGAGCCGAGAAGAGGACGUUCCACUUCGACAUCGAUGUCACCGACUAUCCAGACGAAGGAGGCGUUGAUUUCAAGGUUGGAGGUGCCAUUGGUAUUUGUCCACCAAACGCGCAGGAGAUUGUGGACGAGUUAUUCGAUGUCCUCUGCAUACCUAAGUUCGUUCGAGAGAAGCCAGUCUUACUCAGGACUCAGACCGGAAGAUGGCCUACCAUUUGGGGAGAAGACAAGCCGAGAAAACUCGUAACAACCCGUCGAGAACUACUGACAUGGUGUGCCGAUGUUCAGAGCCACCCCCCGACGAAGAACAUCCUCCGCCUCAUGGCCGAAUACGCAGAUGCCCCGAAUGAGAAGAAGAUCCUUCUCUAUCUCACUUCCGCCCAAGGCCAAGCCACUUUCUGCGACCUCAGGACUACCUCCCACAUCACUGUCGCCCAGCUCCUCAGUGCUUUCCCGUCCUCCAAGCCACCACUUCCAGCUUUGCUGUCUGUUCUUACCCAACUCAUGCCGCGCUUCUACUCCCUCUCCAACGACCCACAUGUCUCCUCCGCUCGCCCUGGUCUCCCCGGCGGCCGUCGCCUUAUCGAAGUGGCCGUCACUAUCCACGAAACGCCUGACUGGCACGCCCCGGGUACCCAGCGCACUGGUGUUGGUAGCGGGUUCAUGGAACGCAUUGCCCACGCCUUCAUCACCGCUGAAAGUGAAGGCAUCAACCCACGCGAGGUUCUCGACCUUCGUAUCCCAAUGUUCCGCGGUCUCAUGGCAAACCCCCUCUCCCGCGAAUUUGGUGGCGAGGGACCCAUGAUGCUGAUCGGUGCCGGUGUUGGCAUGGCGCCCUUCCGCGGCUUCAUCCUCAACCGCCUCAAGAACGCCAAUUGCGCCAACAAGAUCUGGCUCGUGCAAGGUGUGCGUGAUUCCCUCCUCGACGAGAUCUAUUCGGGAGAACUGGGCGACCAUGAGGCAGAGAUCAAGCACGUCGUCCAGAGUCGUAAGGCGCACAAACGCCACGGCGAGGCGAAGUACGUGCAGGAUGAGGUACGCCAGCAAGCGGAUAUCGUGUGGUUCGUUAUCAAUGCGCUGGAUGGUCGCAUAUUUGUGUGCGGUAGUAGCAAAGGGAUGGGCGAGGGCGUUGAGCAGGCCCUUGUGGACGUCGCCAUGGACAAGGGCGGAUUGGCAGAAUGGGAGGCGAAGGAAUUUUGGGAGCGGAAGAAGGGGGAUGGGCAGUAUAUCGCUGAGACGUGGUAGAUGCCCUCGAGUUCUUGAACCCUCGGUCUAGUCCUGUAUAUACCCAUUCCUAGCCGAAGAGCUGUAAAUACACUUCUUGUCUAUUUUUUUUUCCUUAUGUUUUCUUUCCUCAUGUACUUCAUGAUUCCACAUCUGUAAUUUCAACGUAUCUCGGCAAUUAAAAUUGUAGGAUUUGCAUUAGACGGACAAAACGGGCAUACAUCUACAGUCAGAAAACCUGCGAUACACGGUCGCUCGCGCACCGGUGUCAUGAGGCUUCAAAUUCUUUGCAUUUUCUCUCUUUUUUUCAUUUUCCCUUUUGUCUUUUAGGUCUCUUUAUGAAUUCAAGCUCACGCGUCUUGCCGAGUUGAGCACGGCGUUUGAGGUGCUUGACCACCUACCAUCGCAUAUGGAGAUGUCGAGGGGGGUUUUUUUUUUAAUUUACCCAACAUGGAAUCUGUUUUGGAGACAGUAGGCAG